AUGUUACACAACGCAGCCUCUCCGACACAUGUCUUUGCUCGCGAUGAAAUCAAAUUAGUCAUCUCCGACAUCAUCACCAACUUCCAUCUUGAUUGUCUCUCCAAUUUCAUUAUGAAGCCUCUCUCUCGCUACAGAAGACACCAUAGGCGCGAUGGUGAGCGAACUAUUCGCAAGUCCGUCUCCUGCGAGCCCUUGCUCGAUCUGUCUUCCUCCGACGAAGAGGACCGCGCUAGAGGUGCUCGUCUAACCUGCGGAAGUUUGACCCCAUCUCCUGCCGGCAAGCGGCUGUUUGCCAAAAGAUCGGCUUCCGAGGCUGCCAGAUCCCGUCCCGGCAGCGCCGACUCCUUUCAGGUUGGCGCCAACACUGACGACGACGUCUUUGCUGAGGACGACGACUCGGUCGUCUCCGGAGCUCAUGUCAGUGAUAGGGAUGGCGCCAUCGAUCACGACGAAGAAUCUCCAGAGACCAAAAUCCCGUCCGUGGACGCACAGGGAAUUUAUCCCCCCACGGCCUGCAUCUUUGCCGCCAAUCUUGCUCAAUUGUACGACGACAAGACUCUCGAGUACGAAGUCACUCGAGCCUUUUCCAAGUAUGGACCAGUCUUCGUUAAGAUUCGCCGCGACCAGCGCCAUAUGCCUUUUGCAUUUUGCCAAUUUACUUGCGACGAACACGCAAAAAAGGCCAAGGAAUGCGGCAGAGACACUUAUAUCCUCGGCCGGCAAUGCCGCACUGAAAUGGCCAAGGCCCAUACAACAUUCAUUGUGUACAAACACUCUGGAGAUGCCGUCACUGCCGACGAAGCGAUCGCUCUCAUGAGCUCCCUCGGCGAAGUAGCCGAGGCGGAAGAGCUCGAGGCCAGCAUGCAGCACUCGAUGCGUCUCCCUCCAACCAUGGUCGUCAGGUACAAAAUGUACGACCCAAGGCGCGACGUGCCUCUGACUUUCCGUGGAAACCGCAAGUUCAAAGUGAUUCCAUUUGACCCCAAGGCGUCCAGCAACCCUAAGCCGGACGUCAAGGCCGGCAGCCCCAACAAGGAGCGGUUCCUGAGUCAGUACGACCGCGACAGGCGAUCCAUCUACAUGGGCAAUCUCCCCAUCAAUAUGACCGAGGAGACACUCACCAAUCUCGUCAGUGCAUGCGGCGAGGUCAUUGCCGUCGUGCUCUUCAAGAAGCCCGUGCCAGGAAGUCCAAGUAGGCAGAGCGCAGCAACCCAGCAAAGCCUCCAAGCUAACCAAGUAGGCAAAAUGACUUGCUUUGCAUUUGUCGAGCUUUCUCGCCCCGACUCGGCGGACGACGCCAUCGAGGCGUUUAACAACACGGACAUCAAUGGCUUCCGCGUUCGCGUCGACAGGAAGCAGUCUCGCACGUUUGAGACGCCCCGACGCAACCUCCCCAUGCGCUCGGCCAACUACUCGCACGCGACGUUUCCCCGUCGUCGCCACGCACCCGUCAUGGAGCCCGUCUCGCCCCUGCACACCAUGUUUGAUCCGCCUCCGGUCGCCGUUGACAAGCACGCCGGUAUUCCUGCGGACCCGGACCAGACGCCCCGGGCAAUCGAGGAGGCGGCCCAGACCGUCGCGGGUGAAGGCAACCUCUUCACCCCUACCCCCAAAAAGACACACGGCAACGGCCAUGCUGCCGGCGGCCACUUUGCGUACAGCAACAUGGAGACACCCAUGGCCAUGCAGCAGCACCAGCACAUGGCCAUGGGCUGGAUGCCCCCGUUCUCCCCGUACCACUAUGGCCCGCCCAUGUCGCCAUACGGGCCUAUGACCCCUCAUGGUACGCCUGGCGUCAUGUACCCAGGGUACAGCCCAGGACCGCCGUACUACCCAGGCAUGUACGACAUGUAUCCCAUGGCGUCACCUCCUCACAUGAUGCCGCCGCCGCCGCAGAUGCAAGCACCGCCCGCAGCAGCAUCAUAUGCGCAGGCGGAGGCUGUCGCUGAUGCACAGUCUUCUUCUUCCGGCGGACAGACUCCCACUGAGCCAGUCCAGGAGCAAAAGUGA